AUGUGCGAAUCUUAUGCUCUGCUGUUCAGGGGCAGCAAACACUGUAGAUUCAACCAUCUACCAGCGGAGGGCAAUCCGACCAUCCGAUUUGCGUGUCCACAGUGUCCCAAGGUAUUCACGCGAAGCGAUAUUCUGCGACGUCAUGAGGCCGCCCACGCUGCCGCUGCACAGUCUCACGAUGGGAACUUGGCGACCAAACGAGCUUGUUUCGAAUGUGCAAAGGCCAGAGAAAGAUGCUCCAAAGGCAAGCCAUGUCAAAGGUGCUCUGUACGCGAGCUUUGUUGCAAAUACCCCAAGAGUCGUUCAGACUUGGGGAAUUCACAGUCCCCGCUGCCUUUCAAACAGGUAGCCAUAUCGCCUUCCAAUUCUUUCGCGCAAAGUUCAACCAUAGAGGGUCAAACUCCAGAAUGCAGUGCCGCCAUUGCCGCAUCUGAUGAGUGCCCAGCGUAUUCGAUAGGACCGCGCAAGUUGCAGAUUGAAAAUCACCGAGAUGCAUCCCUACAUUUGCUUGAACCGUCAGGAGUCGCAAAUGUCGUUCACAUGGUCGACAUUGCUCCGCAGAUACCCAUCGACUUUUCAAUCAAUUGGCUGCCCAUGGACGACUCGAUCUCAAUCGAUUACGACAGUAUCUUGGGCAUGGACAUUAACUCAUUGGGGCUCUUUCCCGGCCCAACACCUGUCAACGAUCCGCAGGACCCAAAGCUCAUGAACCAUACCGGUGCUUAUCCAGUACCUCAUAUCCCAGCAACAUCGCACAAUUCGCCACAUGAGAUGAAUCACAUCCUUCGGACGAAUCACCUCAACCCACCGUGGGAAACGACACUCUCUCAAAUGAGCUCGAGAAGUAUGUCUUGUACGUCGUCCAGAUCAUCUACCAACACGGUAUCAUCAGUCGUUACCUCUGUCGGUCUGUAUGCCACAAGUACCAAUGGUGCCAGAUUGCCCUGUACAAAAUGGAGCAAGAAAUCAAAACACGCUAUGCCCGGUGCAGCCCCGAUGAAACUUGUAACGGACCCAGAUUACCACGUACAUUCCCAGAACGGUCGUAUACGACUUCCGCGAACCGACCAUAUACUGGUGGGAAGUGUCCAGACAUUGAAAUCUCAUCCGAGAUUGACAGUAGAAAUGUUUGAGCAAUUGUGCAAACGAUACAGACAGCUUUGUUCAGACGUCGAUGAUCAUUUCUCAGUAUUUGCUAUCGACCAUUUCCUGAGCCACGCUGCUCUCAAUUUGUGUACACAACUCUACUUCGACAAUUUCGAUAAAAUCGUACCAAUACUGCACGUUCAAGUGGCCGAUUUGAAUGAGCACUGGCUACUGGCACUCGGUGUUUGCGCCAUCGGGUGCCAAUACAUGGAUUCCGAGGAAUUCUCUGCUUGUGUAGUACCACUUCACGAAAUGCUCCGGAGAGGUAUCAUUGCCGAAACAGAAACGAAGAAUGCUCCAAGACUAGGAUUUGACAAUAUCGCAUUGGCACAGGCUCGAAUAUUGAAUCAUUUUGGCAUGGUCUACUUUGGGUCUCCCGAUCUAGUCAAAGGAGCUAGAGCUCAACACGGAGUUCUUGUAGAGCUGGCAUUGUCGUCAGAUUUCCUAAGCCCUUCAGCCAGUCUUCCCACAUCACAAGGAAUCGAGAGUACGGAAUCGCAAAAUUUGGCUUGGAGAUCGGCGCUCAUGGCCGAAUGCAAACGCCGAUGUGGUUAUGCCAUCUGGCUUAUCGAUUGCAUGUCAAUAUAUCAUUUCUCACAGCGUCCGCUCAUGCCAUUGGCCAUUACUCAAUGCCCGUUACCCGAAGACGCCUUGUGGGCAACAAAAAGUACUGAAGAUUGGCGAGGCUUUCUGAGAAGGACUUCAGGCGACUCCGGCGCGUACUCUCAAUUGCGAUCAGACGUACCAUCACUGUGCACAGCCGUGGUACAGAUCUUCACGAAGAAGCACGUCUCAGCCGAUCUUGACCAAUUCAGUCGUGUUCUGCUAUUACAUGGCGUAUAUCGGGAAAUAUUCCAACUCAAGGACUGCUUCGCAAGACCACUGAGCAGCUGCGUCCCCGCAGUGCAACCUGCAAAUACUCCUACAAACGGAUCUGAUACGGACUCAUCAUUGCUCAGUAGUUGGCGUAACGCCUCCCUCGAUUGUGUAGAUGUCCUUCACUGGGCAGCGAAUGGAACAAUUGCACAAAAUUAUGGUGUUGAGCAUCCGACUGUGCUUCAUCUUCAUUUGGCGAGGACAGUCCUUCUGGCUCCCUUUGAAGAAAUCCAAAUGUUAGCUGCCUCCAUUGCAGCUGCCGGUCGAGAAGAGCCAACUGAGAAGCAUACAAUAGCGUCAAUUGAGAAAGCUAUUGACGCUGAACGCAAGAUCUUGCAUUGGGCACAGCGAGACCAGUACAAAGCCCGACUCGCAGUAUUGCAUUGCGGAUGUCUUUUCUGGCACAUUCGACGUUAUAGCUGUCAAGCGUUUUAUGAGCCUAUUUCGGUUUAUCUGGCAACGCUCACUCUGUGGGCAUACUGCUCAUAUACAUCGAGAACAGCCAUCACAAACCAUCGCGAUGGGUCCAUGUCAGAUGAUGAAUCAACCGAAAAUACAUUUCUCGCCUCGAAUGCACAGCCAAUACCAACAUUCAUCCAUUUAGAUCGCCCCAACGAUGACGAAAUGGUACAAUCUUUUGUGCUUUCUGGUAUACCUUCAAAUAUGAGAGCAAACAUCACUGGCGUUGGAGACAUGUAUGCGGCCAAAGGCCCAAUGAAGAUUUUGAAAGAGGGACGCAGGAUCCUGGCGUCUGUAUCCAUGGCCUGGGGCCGCACGAAAGAGUUUGUAGAUAUUCUGGAGUCUCUUGAGCGAGCAACGUCCAGGAAGAUCUCGUUGGAUGCAAGUACUACGUCCACGUAG